UUAAAUGUUUCUACGUUUAAAAAAAUACUAUAAAAACAAUAAACAGUAAUAAAUGAAACAAAGUCAAUAUUUGGUGUGACGAUCCUUCACUUAAGAAAAAAAAAACAGUAUCUCAGGUGCAGUGUGUGCAGUUUUAUAAGGAAAUGAGCUGUAAGUGUUACUGAGCAUCUUGCAGAAGCAGCCACAGUUCUUCUGGAGUUUGUACUAAAAAAAAAUAGGGUGCUAAGACUUUUGCACAGAACUGUACAUCACAAAAACACAAAGACACAGCUUUUUUUUUUUCUAAAAGUUUUGCUUCACAGAUAAAAUGAACCUAGACAUGAGAAUAAUGAUAAUAAUUUGCAUGUCAUCAGAAUGCAAUCAGAAGAUCUAACUGGGGUGCAGCUUCAUGUGUCUAAAGAAAACCCCAGACUCACUCUUUUAAUUAAUUGCCUAAUUACUGUGUUACAUCAGAGCUGCUCAUUAAGCUAAUAAUUACAUGUAAUUACAUUUACAGUUACAUGAUGCUUAUUUAGAGACUAGUAUAAUCACCAAUCAUCAGUCUUAUUCUGUUAAUUUGAUAUGUUUAUCCUCCUCAUCAGGUGGAAAGUGAAAGGUGUGCGCGCUCACGCGAGCUCACGCAUGAAAACGACAGCGCGCGUUCCCGUCAGCUGCCUUCGCGUUACUCUACUCUCGCGCAUGCGCACUGUCAAGCAGCCAGGGCGCGACAUUCUGCUUCUGCUGCUGAUGGGACUGUAAAUACUCCCUGACCUGCUUUUCCUACCUGUUCGCCUGAUGCAAGAACUUCUGGAAACACCGACCUGCUUUCUGCAGGAAUCCGCGAGGAAAAUGUGAGGAUGUGAUGUGGAGUGGUGUGUCUUCAUUCAGCUCUGAUCUCGGAGUUUAAAGAGGCCAGAGAGGUGCUCACCGUCAAAUCCAGCCCAAAUGACGAGCCAACCCAGCAACGCGGCCACCAAGAAGAUCCGCACGGAGUACAUGAAGAAGUUCCGCGAGCCGAAAUGGGAGACGUUCUCCAAAUGCUACCAGGACUCGGUGAAGUACAGGCUGAGCCGCCGGCUGAUGGAGCACACACACCGGCCGCUGUUCGGGGAUGGCUGGGACAGUGGCUCAGACUCCAGCGGCAGGUCCAGCCCCAGGGUCAGAGGGGUGACAGAGUCCUCAAACCCGCAUCCGUCCUCCUCCGAGAGUGCAGAGACGCCGCGUGUGAAUGCGGAACAGGACACGGACACCGUGGAACACAACUCCCUUCCUGUAGAGAAUGGAUACCAGCAUGUCACAGCUAACGGGCCUUCGGACCUCACAGUGAGACAGAGACACAGAGCUGCUCGGUCUGAACCCAGCUUCCCUCAGCGUGAACUCGACAGUGAUGAGUCCACCGACUCCACGCUGAGAAAACCGACCCGAGCCAAGAGCCAGCCGCCGGCCAGCGCCACAGAGAGAACCUCCAACCGGGACAACAGACGCUCAAAUAUCCGCUAUGACUGGGCUGAGAGGAGCAUGGAGGCCAGGGAGAGGAGGAGGCUCAACAUGAAAGGCUCAGCGUCCGCUGGAGAGAUCCACCGGGCUGACGUUGGGGUCCAGACACGCCGUGACUCUGAAAAACGUGGAAUGGCCUUAGAGCGUCGGAGAGCGAGAUCGGCUGAUCUGGAGAAGUUGCGACGGUCCGAGCUUUCGGCAGCGGACGAUCGCUGGAUUACUGAGUACAUGCGCUGCUUCUCGGCCAGGCUGAGUUGUUUCAGCGAGAAUGGACUGGACCAUGAUGAGACUAAAAGACUUCCAUUAUGCUUAUAGCUUGAAACUCAGGACACAUAAUGGGAUGUUUCUCAGUAUGCGUUCUUGUAUAAUCUUGCGUCUCGACAUCAACUUUCACUACCCAAUUUCAGUUCCAACACAGAAGAAUGUAAAAAAAACAAGAGCGCAAAUACUCAGAAGAGUUCUUGAUCCAGCCCUGACAUCGAUCCAACCCCAAUAAGAAUGAAAUGAAAGACCUUGAAUGCGUCGUGACAACAUAGCAACGGUGGACAAGAUGAUUCAUAAGUGUAAGUUUUCUGUUCCUUUAUUUUAAUUAAUCAGUAUGCAAAAUUCUGGUUCAAACAGUUAGAUGACAAAUGGAUACUACAGUCAUGGAUUUUGCUCAUUUGCUACAAGUCCUGGUUGGCUAAGUUAGCUAGCUAGCAAUAACCUCAUAAGGUAACUAAGCUUCCUGUGGCACGACUUGGAAGCCACUAACACGAUAGUCAAUUACACAGCAUGUCUCAAAUGCUCUGUUCACAUGAGAGAACAACUCGACAAGAACAUUCUUCUAGGAAGUCCAUUCUUCGCUAAUAUUCUUGAACUCGUGCAAUGAUUAGUUUCAAAAUAAUUCAUGGUGAUACUUUUAACGGGUUAGUACAAUAUUACGGGUUGCAGGCCCAGAUCUCAAACCAGCAUCAGGGAACAUUUUAAGCUUUUGUUUGAGCAAAACUUAAACCUCCAGUUCUUUAUUUCCAUUAAAUUUGAAAAUCAUGCUACAGGAAAGUAAGAAAGAAUUAAAAAAGGGAUAUUUAAUGAACAUCUUCUUCUACUUAUUACAAUGUUUUAUUACAAUGAUCAUUCCUCUGAUCAUUUUAAAAGAAUGUGACUAACAUUGGGUUAAUAAUGUUACAUUUGCGUUAUGCUGAUUGGCUUACAUUCAUUAGUAGCCACAUUUUAGGGCUAACCAGGAAACUUUAAAACAGAAAAUCCCAACAUUAAAUAAUUUCACUAUUAAGAUUUUUAUUAUAAUUAUUGAGUUUGUUGGUGGUUUGUUCAUAUGUCUAGUGCGUUCUGUAUUGGUGGAUUAUUUGAAUGCAAGACUAAGUAUAACAUUAAGUAGCUAGACAUCGGAAGAUUUGCUGCUAAAUAUCUGUGUGGACCAAAACGAGUUCUUCACUUUGUUGAAUUUGUGUAUUGAUUUUAUUUCCCACUGGACAGCUCUCAGCCUCUUGAGCUUGGUCAGGUUAAAGUUCUUGAAUGUGAUUUAGUUGUUUUGAAUGAUUUGAAACAGCAUAUGUUUGUUGUAAUUUGUGUCUUUAGCCUUGAGUUUUAUACACCAGCACCGUGAGUUUGUUGCUGUGAUGCAGUGUUGAGUUGAACUGAAUUGUGGAAAGAAAUAUGUAUGACUUGAAAUAUAGGUUUUUAAAUAUAUAGAUGUGUGUUGUGCUCUCAAUAGACACAUUCCACAGCUGUAUCAGGGCGUAGCCAGCAUACUGCAGGGGAUGGGUGUUGUUUCCUCCAAAUAGUGCACCUUUCUAUUACUAGUUAGACAGUUUGGAACACUAGUUUAUAGGCUAACUAUCUAGCUAUUAGUGUUAAUAUUAAGCAUUUUUAAUCCUACGUCAACCAAAGUUCCAGAAGGAGAUUGCAAUUGAUGGCCACUGCAGUCAGGAAAUGUUACUUAGUUAACUAUGUAACACAAUGGAUUGUUGGUAGUAACAGUAAUUUAGUUAACAUUCAUUAUUAGCAAGCUAACUAUCAGUCAACAGCUAAUAAACUGAUGCAGAAUUACCUGAAAACUGUAGCUGAAAUAGGGAUACCUCAUGGCCUAUUCCAUUUUUGUUAAAUAAAUCUGACCACUUAAGCUUUCUUUUUCUUUGCAAAACGAAACUAUACUCUAAUUACGCAAUACAGUGUAGUAUAGUUAAAGCCGUCACAAUUUGGCACAAGAUUAUAGCAGGAUCAGCUACUAAUAUGUAAACCAAUGUUGAAAGCUGAUGCUUACCACAGUGUUUAGUGUUUAGCCAAGCUGACUAUGAACAUAGUAGGACACUCGCAUUGCUAGCAAAGCUAUUAUCUAUCUUACUAUUAACUACCUAGCGUAAUUAACUAUAUUUUCCGUAAUGAAAUCGUAAUGCUGUAAUGCUGUUUUAAUUCAGGUAUCUUGGUAGUUAGAUUUACAAUUUGUCUUCUCAUAUGUACACAAUAAAUAUAUAUUUUAAUCCAUCAUGUUCUGAAGCUGCUUCUAGCCUGUUGAUUGGAAAUGAGGCACAACAGCUCGAGGUAGUUUCUAAGUUCUAAUGAGACCAAAAUCUUUCAGAUUUGUUUUUCACUCGACAAACUGUUUGUCAGCUAGCUUAUUUUGAUUAGUGAUUAUAAUGUAAUUGUAAUGAGUAAAAGAUGUAACAUUAAAAUUUUGAGCGAGUCUUCUCACAAAACGCAAAUUUAAGCGUAAUAACGCGUUCGACGGUUUACAGCAUCAACUAUAUUUCUUACAUUAAAAAAAAAUAAAUAACAAUGUCACAAUAGAAACUUCAUUUCCAUACUGUCUGGCAAAAUUACUCAGGUUUUUUUUAUUCAUUAAUUUUAUUUUUUGGGCCACAUCCUCUCUGCAUGGCUACGCUCCUGUAAAUGGACUUUGUUCCUUCACAGAUUCAUUAUAUUGAAAUAUUAAUUUUAUGUGUGAUUGCAAUGGAAAUGGCGGCGUAUUCGAUGGCAAGCCGAUGAUUUUGAAUGUGUUCACCUCACACUGAACUUAAUGUAGUGUUAGAUGAAGUGAUCACCAGCCACAAUGGAGACAAAAUGCAACAAUAUUGCCAUAAAAAGCUAAUUAUUUUGCUUUCACUUUUCAUUUACACUGUAAUGUGUUACUGAGUCUGAGAAGUGAUGCUAUAAUUACAAAGCUUUUGACAGACCAACAGCAACAACAUACACACAGUUGUAGGGGUGGGCGAUAUAGCAAAAGAAUCAAUAUUACGAUACUCAAAUACAUUUAUAUAUAUAUAUAUAUAUAUAUGUAUUAUAUCAUCAUAUUGCCCAUCCCUACACAGUAGACUAAUUAAUAUGCAGCAGGAUUUCUCUUUUUGUUCUUGAUAACUGGUUUGUAUUUGGAGUUUGCUUGUUUGAAGUUUGUUUUCUUGUGCUUAAAAAAAAGAUGAUUAUAACUAAUAAUAAUAAAGCAAAUGUAAUAUUGUACAAGAUGAUUAUAUUGAGAAUGUUAUUUGUAAUAUGAAUGAAAUCUAUUCUCAUGAUUGACUUGUUUAUUUUGCAACGAUGUUUACAUUUUUAAACAUUGUAUUUGUAUUAGGGUUUAAAAAAAAAAUCAAAAUGAAACAUGCAAAGGUAGAUCUAUUUUUUGUCUGUGAAUAAACUCACUUUGGAGCAUUGGCAUUAAUAAAAUCAUGUUCAAGCAA